CAACAGAUUCAUAAAUACCAGUUGAAGACAGUUGUACCAGUUGGUGUGUAAGCUGUACAUAUAGCCGUGCUGGACUGUUGAUGAGGCGGUGUUGCUGACAUGUUUGCCGAGGAAGAAUGGAACGAUGCCUCAGGAGAUGAUGCUAAAAUCCCUUCCGUUGUUGCUAAACCAGGCUUGACUGGUAAGUCUAAGCGAGUUGGUAAGCAGAGUUUAUUGCGAACUCUGCAAACGUUAGGAUCCGUACCAGUCUUGAAAGAGAGGAGCUCUCUACAGGGCAGUGAGAGUGAGACUGAUGAACUUCCAUCACCCACAAAGAGAAAGAAGAAAAGAUGUAAAAAACGCAAGAGGGCUUCUGCCCACGGAAGUGACGGAGAGCAGGAAGGCAAGACUGACAUGCCCGAUACAGUUCUGAAGGGCAAAAUUUUGAAACGGGAAUCAAAGGCUCCAGGUGCCAGGGCCAAAACAGAAAAGAAGUCAGUGAAUCGUAGAAGUAAAAAAGAAAAAACAGAAGAAACGGAACAAAAUGGAAAAACAGGGGAAGGAAAAGAGCAAACUGAGAGACAGUUUAGCAGAAAACAGUGGAAGAACAAAAUGAAAAACAAGAAAAGGUGCAAGAAUAAAUAUUCACAAAAGAACACAGAAGAAACAAAAUCCGUUAUGAAAACUGGAGAAGAAAUAGUGCAAACACAAGUCACUCUAAAUACUAACAAAACCGUGCUGGAGGAUGUUACGCCUGCUAAGAGGACAAGGAAGGAAGUGCAAAGUAAAGAAAUCAAGGACACAAAGAAUUGUGGGAGUGGUAAGAACACAGUGGUUAAGAAUGAGAAUCAGUUAAAGUUAACAGUUGAAACGUAUUCUGACACAUGCUCAAAGUCUGAGCAUGAGUCUCUUAACCAAGAGCACAAAGACACACCACAGCUCUGUGAAACAACGGAACAUCGCAAAAGCGAUAGAAAUGUGAGACUAAAGACAGAAAAGUUACGUCAAAUACUAAAGCAGCAGGUUGUUGACAGAAAUGAAGAAAUUACAGAGAGAGGGGAGGAAUCCACAGGAGAGGGUACGGAGACAGAAAAAAAGGAGGAGAAGAUUCCAGUAGACCGCUCGUCUGCUUUAAGGCAGCGGAUGGAAAAGCGAUUAGAGUCUGCCCGUUUCCGCUACAUCAACGAAACGUUGUACACCACAUCCAGUGGUGAGGCCAGACGCAUCUUUAAACAGGAUCCCCAAGCCAUUGAGAUCUACCAUCGUGGUUACACUGCACAAGUUCAGUACUGGCCGUCAAACCCUGUGGAUGCCAUCAUCUCUUACAUUCGACAGAAGCCGGCCUCCUUAGUAGUCGCUGACUUUGGGUGUGGCGACUGCAAAAUUGCACGCAGCGUGAAGAACAAAGUGCACUGCUUUGAUUUGGCUCCCGUUUGUGAUCUCGUCACUGCAUGCGACAUGGCUAAAGUCCCUUUGAAAGAUGCAUCCGUCGAUAUUGUCGUCUUCUGUCUUUCUCUCAUGGGCACUAAUCUUACCGACUUCUUGGCAGAGGCAAACAGAGUGCUCGUCAUGGGUGGUGUUCUCAAAAUUGCGGAGGUGGCCAGUAGGUUUGACAAUGUGCGUGGUUUCGUCAGUGCGUUGUCAACUCUGGGCUUCAAACUGGUUACAAAGGACACAGAAAACAGCCAUUUCUAUUCAUUUGAGUUCGUCAAGAAGAAAGACGCGCCAGCACAGGCUAAAAAAAUUAAAUUGGAACUGAAACCUUGUUUGUACAAGAAAAGAUGAAGACAAGAAAUAAAAUGGAUGAGGAGCCGAGAGAGAGAGAAAUUUUAGAAUUUCUUUAAGAGAAGGAAAUUCUCAGGAAACAAAAUGGAACAAAUUAUGACCGAGAGGUACAGGUCCUUCUUGGAUGACCUUGUUUAAUUUCAAUUAAGAAGAUCCUCAUCCCAAGGAUCCAUUAUGGAUUUGCUUUUUAUUUUGUAUGUGAAUGUAGCUUUGUUUUGUAACAAACAGGAACACAUAUUUGGAACUAUCCU